UCGUAAAGCAUUUUAACCUCAAAGUGGUGUUGGAGCUCUAACUGAAUCGACUGUUUCCCGCCACCGGUCGUUAAAGAGAGGAAGACUAGAGGGGCCUGGUGGAGAGAAUGACUACGAGAACGAAUUUCUAUAAGAAUCCUUCCUAUACUUACAACAAAGAUUUCAAACUCUCCUCCGUUCUUCAAAAUCUCAGAGCAUACAACGCCGCCACCGGGAACGCUCCUCCGGUCGAGGAACAGAUCCCCCAGGAUGAGAAAAAGUUGAGUCGUAAACGAGGUCCGGAUCGAACACGAAAGCCGAAUCGCAAUGAGGAAAAAAAAGAAGAAGAGAACGAAGGAACUAUUUCUCACCAGGCUUAUAUAGAGCAAAGAAGGAAAGAAGCAAGGUCGUCCCAAGGUUACCAGGAAUUGACUGCAGAUGUUUUUGUGGGAAGUUCGAGUUCCAGUUUUGUACCUUUGGUGCAGUACGAAAGUGAUGAAAGUGCUUCCUCGGUAGAACAUGAAGAGAAACAGGGCACAUUAAGUUCGGAUAAUAUAAAUGAUCGAGUUAAGGGGAGAAACGAGCAACGGUUUCCAGUUCCAGGUGAACCUGUUUGUGUUAUAUGUGGCAAAUAUGGAGAGUAUAUUUGUGAUGAGACUGGUGAUGAUAUCUGUAGUAUUGAUUGCAAAACUGAACUACUGAAACCUCAAAAUCUUGACCUCCCUCAGGAAGUCAAUAACAACCAGUGCUCUCUUGUCUGCUCAUCUGGACCAAAAGGUGCAUUCCAGAUGCCUGAGUUUGAGGAUGCUUGGGAUUACGAACAGCAUCGAUGGACCAAAAAGAGAUCCAGUUUAUGUACAUACGAAUGUUGGAAAUGUCAGAAGCCUGGCCACCUUCCAGAAGAUUGUUUGGUGAAAACAUGUUCUCCUCAUUUGCUUUCUUCAACUCAAACAUGCAGUCAGGCAUUGGAUGGGGGCCACAAUUCAACUUUCAUACCCAAAGAUCUUCUUGCUCUUUACCGAAGAUGCCAACAAAUAGGUAGGAAAUUGUCGAAUGUAAAAUGCAAUGUCUGCCGUUGCACAUCAAGUCUGGCAAUGUGCCUUGAUUGUAGUACAGUCCUUUGUGACAGUGCAGGUCAUCUGAAUGGGCAUAUUGCGGCACAGCCUUCUCAUCAACGAUAUUACUCUUACAAGCUUAACCGUUUGGUAAAAUGCUGUAAAUCAACAUGCAAUGUAAUUGACAUCAAGGAUCUUUUAGUUUGUCACUACUGCUUUGAUAAAGCAUUUGACAAAUUCUAUGACAUGUAUACUGCCACAUGGAAGGUAACUGGACUUUCAAUCAUUUGGGGUUCCAUUUGCUGCGAGGAUCACUUCACUUGGCACAGGAUGAAUUGUAUGAGUGCAGAUGUAGAGGAUAGUGCAUAUAUUAUUAGGAAGCAAGCACUGAGGGACAAGUGUGUUCAGCUCAGUGACUUUAUUUUCUAAUGAAGUUAUAGAGUCAGAUUUGGGGUUCCAUUUGCUGCAAUAAGCUUGUGUUAUAAGUUCCUACAUGCUGUAUUUUCUCCCACCAGAAAUUUUGAAGCGUCACAAAUUUGUCAUGGGUGGGAUGGUAAAAAGACCAGGACAUAUUGUUUAAAUGCAGACAUAAACAAGGCCUUAAUUACCAGGAGGCACACACCGGGAACAAGUUUGCUGAGCUUGGUAACUCAAUUUACUAAUGGGGUUGUGGGAGUAAUCAACUUCAUAAAAUUGUCCACCUCAUUUUGUCAACUCUAAUACAUUCCAUGCAAUGCUGUAGAAAAUUUUGCAUUUUCUCGUGCUUA